GUAAAAGACAAGCCAGAUUUAACUAACAGUUAUCCCCCGUUUCCAUACUUAUAUGUCUACUAUCCAAAACUUAAACGCCUUUGAUCCUUUCGCCGAUACUGGUGAUUCUGAAGCUCAACCAACUAAUUACAUUCAUAUUCGUAUUCAACAACGUAACGGUAGAAAAACUUUAACUACUGUCCAAGGUUUACCUCAAGAAUAUGAUUUAAAGAAAAUUUUAAAAGUUUUAAAGAAGGAUUUUGCCUGUAACGGUAAUAUUGUUAAGGAUGAUGAAUUAGGUGAAGUUAUCCAAUUACAAGGUGAUCAAAGAGUUAAAGUUAGUGAAUUCUUGACUACUCAAUUACAAUUACCUAAGAAGAAUAUUAAAAUUCACGGUUUCUAGAUUGGUAUCGUUUUAUUUUAUAUAUAUAUUUUUUAUAUAGUAUUUAAU